AAACAGAAAGUGAGCGCCAAGGAAACCUGCUUUAAACUUUUCCAUUCAAGAGGAGGAACUAACUGUGAACGAGAGUUUGAGUGUUACGGGUGUGGAUAAACAAGAAGAGAACAUAAUCCAGUCGACGUAGUGCGUCCUUUCUCCAUUCAAUCAAGAGAGGCAAAUCUAAAUCUUAAUUCAAAAACUUCUGUUCUCCCCCAAAUGGACAAGCCAUGAAUAUUCCUCGACCCUCCCCAUGCUCUUCCGCUUCCACUCCAACCCCUUCUUCUUCUUCGUCUUCUUCAUUUCCCUCCACUCUCCACUGGCUCUCUCCUCCUCCUCCUUCAGCCACCACUGCGACAACUACCUCUAAGCCCGCGAGUCUACGUCGCUUGGAAGCCACAGCCCACCAGCAAACUCAACCCACCGCUGAUUUCUCUCUUUCCACUGAUAGAAAGACUAACAACGAUCAAACCCUUCUUUCACUCCUACGCCAAAGAAAAACCGAACAAGCCUGGGACCAUUACUCCCAAUCCCCUCACCUCCCAACCCCGACUUGCCUAAGCCGCUUAGUCGCUCAACUCUCCUACCAAACCACUCCACUGUCCCUCACACGCGCACGUUCCAUCAUCACGCGUCUCCGCAAUGAACGCCAGCUGCACCGUCUCGACGCCAACUCCCUCGGCCUCCUGGCCUCAGCUUCUGCAAAAUCGGGGCAUACCCUUUACGCCUCUUCCCUCAUCAAGUCCAUGCUUCGCUCUGGUUACCUCCCCCACGUCAAAGCAUGGAGCGCCGUCGUUUCACGGCUCUCUACCGAGUCACCUUCAGAGUCGAUAAACCUUUUCGACUCAGUAACUCGCCGAGUCAGACGCUUUGCGGAUCCCACGAUCGUUGCUGAUUCCAAACCCGACACGGCUGCCUAUAACGCUGUGCUCAACGCUUGUGCUAAUUUGGGGGACAAGAGUAAGUUUUUGAAACUGUUUGAGGAAAUGUCUGAAUGGGGUUGCGAACCUGAUGUUUUGACUUAUAAUGUUAUGAUAAAGUUGUUGGCUAGAGCUGAUAGGAAAGAUUUACUUGUCUUUGUGUUGGAGAGGAUUGUUGAGAAACGAAUACGUUUGUGUAUGACUACUCUGCAUUCCCUUGUUGCGGCUUAUGUCGGAUUUGAUGAUCUUGAAACGGCUGAGAGAAUUGUUCAAGCUAUGAGGGAACAAAGGAAUGAUCUUUGUAAGAUUCUCCGGGACGCGAAUUUGGAAGAUUUAAAUCAAGCUGAGGAAGAUGAGGAGGAAGAGGAGGAGGAGGAGGAGAAUAGGAAAGAUUUGAGUCAAAAUGAGAAAGAUGAUAUAGUAUUUGAAAAGUUGCUUCCUAAUUCGAUCAAGCCAAGUAGUGAAGCACCAUUAUUGCCAAAAGUGUAUGCACCUAAUUCUAGGAUUUAUACAACUUUAAUGAAAGGUUAUAUGAAGGCAGGUAGGGUUAGUGACACGGUGAGGAUGCUAGAGGCAAUGAGGCAUCAGGGCGAUAAGGCUAGUCAUCCUGACCAUGUUACAUACACAACAGUCGUUUCUGCUUUUGUGAAGGCGGGGUUGAUGGAUAGAGCACGAGAAGUGCUAGCUGAAAUGACUAGAAUUGGUGUGCCUGCUAAUUGGAUUACUUAUAAUAUUCUCCUGAAGGGUUAUUGCCAGCAGUUGCAAAUAGAUAAGGCGAAGGAGUUACUAAGGGAGAUGGCUGAUGAUGCAGAGAUUAAGCCAGAUGUAGUUUCAUAUAAUAUAUUGAUUGAUGGGUGCAUAUUGAUUGAUGACAGUGCAGGGGCUCUUGCAUUCUUUAAUGAGAUGCGGGAGAGAGGAAUUGCUCCAACAAAGAUCAGUUAUACUACUUUGAUGAAAGCUUUUGCUUUGUCUGGUCAACCAAAGUUAGCCAACAAGGUUUUUGAUGAGAUGCUUCGAGAUCCACGGGUGAAAGUCGACUUGGUUGCUUGGAAUAUGUUGGUGGAAGGAUAUUCUAGACUGGGACUUGUUGAAGAAGCAAAGAAAAUAAUCCAAAGAAUGAAAGAAAAAGGAUUUUACCCUAAUGUUGCUACUUAUGGUAGUCUGGCCAAUGGGAUUUCAUUGGCUAGAAAACCAGGGGAAGCACUUCUGCUUUGGAAAGAGAUAAAGGAAAGGUGCAAGAUGAAAAAGGAAGGCGACAAUCCAUGUUCUGAUUCUUCUUCUCCUCCACCAUUGAAACCAGAUGAAGGGCUGUUAGAUACUUUGGCUGAUAUAUGCGUGAGGGCUGCUUUCUUCAAGAAGGCCUUGGAAAUUGUGGCUUGCAUGGAAGAGAACGGCAUACCACCAAAUAAGACCAAGUACAAGAAAAUCUAUGUGGAGAUGCAUUCCAGGAUGUUCACUAGCAAGCAUGCUUCACAGGCAAGGCAGGAUAGGAGGAUAGAAAGGAAGAGAGCAGCUGAGGCAUUCAAGUUUUGGUUGGGUUUGCCUAAUUCUUAUUAUGGGAGUGAGUGGCAUUUUGAACCUAUAGAUAGAUGACUAUGCCUCUGGGUUAGUAAGGCCAAAUGAACAUUACUGUAUACUUACUAAUUGUAAUUUAGUGAAUGUAAUGCAUUACAAAUUUCAGAUGAAAAUUAAUCAGUUAAAUAGUGUUUCAUGUAAUGAAGUGAAUGGUUUCUUUGCCAUAUAUAAUCUAUAAAUACUUUUGAGAAUAAA